AUGGUGCUCUGUUGGCAACGAGCAAAGCCGGAAAGAAGCCAUGUCCCAAGAGGUCAAUCUAGUAUCACGGCGAAGCGAGAGGCGACAGCCAGCCCCGCUCCGAAUACCAUCAAUGCAGAGUCCAAUGAUAAUUCAGAACCGCAACCCGGAAAUCCUGUUCGCCCAAUCCCUGUAGAAGGGGCAACUGCCGCCGCAACUGACUCAACUACUCCAUCCGAUAAGCCUGCGUCACAAAUAACCUUUAGCCGGAAGGACUACGUGGAAAGGAUGAUCAACAGUAUGGCCUUGGAUAAGACAGAUAUGCAAGCAUACGUGAGAGCACUAACCUUGAUUGGAGCCGAUUAUACGGUCUAUAAGGGCCACUUGUUGGCAAACGGAGGUGUGGAGGACCCAGCGUUUCUCGGAUUUGACCUCGUGGUUACACGGGCAAAUACACGUGCCCGCCAUAUACUUCACCGUCUCACCAUCUCCAACUACAACAGGAGGGCCGCAGAGCCGACCACCAAUAAUGAAAGUCCAACUUCCGCUCCCCCAGAGACAAUGCCUCCAGCACUCUCAGACCUGUAUGAACAGGCUACCCAAACCCAGCCCGUUGACUGGUACGGGAUAUGGGUUGCUGCUUUGCUGGGCGUCUGGCUUCUCACGCGGUUAGCGUACCAGCUUGGUCGGUGGACUGUCCAACGCCACAUCGCGGCCUCUAUUGGACGGCGUCUCGGCCGCGAGUUGCCGUGGCUUCUCCAGGCUAUUGACAUUGCUAUCGCUCUCGAGGCGAUCUUGGUUGGGGUGCUCCUGGGUGCCAACAUUGUUCUUCUACUCGUGUCUGCCCAUGGCUGGGCCGACGUCCAGCAACGCGCGGUGAAGCUCGCUGUUUUGAACCUAUUGGCGCUCGGUACGGGCCUCACCUUUGGCCUCCCAGCCUAUCUGCUCGGAAUCAGCUACUCUGCCGUUGCGUGGUCGCAUUGUUGGGUUGGGCGGGUGAUGGCCGCCCAUUCCCUGCUUCAUGGAGCCAUUGCCAUCGCCAGAGCGGAGAACCCGAUCGCCUCGCUGAGGCAUGACUGGGUGCCUUUACUGGCAGCUGCUGCUGUUCUUCUCAUGAUCCCCGUGACCUUGCAUGCGGUCGUCCGACAGCACUGUCAGGUGGCCAUGAAAAUCCACUAUUCUCUGGCGGUCACGGCAAUGGCGGCCCUGGCAUAUCAUACGUGGGACCAAGGAUCAGAAUCCUGCUGGCAAGUGGUUGAUGUUGGGAUUCUAUGGAUUAUGCUGAGUGCCGUCGCCGUCUCCUAUGCAGAUUUCGCUCGUGCUUCCAACUCCAGCCCUUCUACGUCGCUUACUGGGAUGAUGCGCCCGGACCGUCCUGCACUGUUGCUAGGGCUAUACGGCCCAUCGAUCAACUUUUCUCCGUUUGGGACGAUCGUGUUUAUCAUAGAGAAUAUUGGUAUUUUGCGAGUGCUUUCCUAUAUCCGCAUGCUCGUCCAGGCAAAGAUCCUAAUGAAUCCUAGACCACCAAUGCUGGCUGGGCGAUUAGAUACAGGACCUCUUGGACCUCGACCGCGGUGA